UUCCGAGGGCCACUUUGGAGCUAUGUGGCUCCUUGCCUGUCUGUGCCUUGUGCUGUGUUUUCUGGGAGGCGUGAGCUGCACCUGUCCCGCGCAGUGCACCUGUGAUCAUCACGAUAGGAAUGACGGCUCGGGAUCAAGGUCAGUGUUGUGUAAUGACCUGGACAUGAAUGAAGUCCCCACAAACUUCCCCGUGGACACCGUGAAGCUUCGAAUAGAGAAGACUGUGGUCCAAAGGAUCCCCGCAGAGGCCUUCUACUACCUGGUGGAGCUGCAGUACCUCUGGCUUACUUACAACUCAGUGGCCAGCAUAGAACCUGGCAGCUUCUAUAACCUAAAGCAACUGCAUGAGCUGCGUUUGGAUGGCAAUUCUCUGACCACUUUCCCUUGGGCGUCUCUGCUGGACAUGCCCCACCUGAAGACACUGGACCUGCACAAUAACAGAAUAACCCGUGUGCCAAAUGAGGUGCUCAGAUAUCUGAAGAACCUUACCUACUUGGAUUUGUCAAGCAACCGAAUAGCCACACUGCCACCAGAUUUCCUGGAGAGCUGGUCCCAUUUAGCUGUGACACCUUCUAGAAGCCUGGAUCUUCCACCGAGAAGAAUUAUUCUUGGUUUACAGGACAACCCUUGGUUCUGCGACUGUCACAUUUCCAAAGUGAUUGAGUUGUCGAAAGUUGCUGACCACACCGUUGUACUUCUUGACCCUCUGAUGGUCUGCAGUGAACCCGAGCGCCUCGAAGGAAUCUUGUUUCAGAGGGCGGAGCUGGAACAGUGUCUGAAGCCAUCAGUGAUGACCUCAGCUACCAAGAUCACAUCUGCUGUGGGUAGUAAUGUCCUGCUGAGGUGUGAUGCCACUGGCUACCCCACCCCACAGCUGAUGUGGACCAGAUCCAACGGCUCACCAGUUAAUUACACAGUAAUCCAGGAGUCUCCCGGAGAAGGAGCCAGAUGGUCCAUUAUGAGCCUGACAGGCAUCUCCUACAGGGAUGCUGGCGAUUACAGAUGUAAAGCCAAGAACCUAGCUGGGACAUCUGAAGCUGUGGUGUCUGUGACCGUUGUUGGCACCGUUACUACCACCCUAUUACCAGACACUUCAGAAAGAAACCCCGGAGAGCACCCAGACGAGGAUCCCCAGCCGGGAGCAGGAAGCUCGCCACCUCUACCUAAGUCAUGGUUACCACCGGGCCUCUCUUCCACUUCUUCUUAUUCCACUCCUUCAACUGCUCUGUCUACAUCUUCAUCAUCUUCUUCUUCCUUCUCUUUGCCUCCUGUCUUCUCUGUUGCUUCUGCACCCACGAGUGUAAAAACCAGCAGCUCGGAAAGCACCGUCAGGACGAGCCACCAGCCACUCCCGCUCCACCCCGGCGGGAAAAGCCACGCAAAACUAGAGAAGAACGGAAGUAAGUUUCCGCCCGUCAGCGCGAGUAAGAAAGAGGAGUUGGCACUGUUGGAUCAGGCGAUGCCCACGGAAACAAACGUCUCUAUAGCUGACCUCAGGGUGGCCAGCGAGACUGGAGUGAGCGCGACUUUGACGUGGAACGUCACCACACGGGGGACUGCUGUGACUGUGCUGUAUUCUAAGUACGGAGAGAAGGACCUGCUGCUAGCGGAUGCAGACUAUGGCGAGAACCAGGCAACCAUAGAUGGCCUAGAACCCGGCAGUCAGUAUGUGGCAUGUGUCUGUCCCAAAGGAGUGGCUCCCCGGAAGGACCAGUGUAUUGUGUUUUCUACCAACGGAGUGGAAGAGCGUGACUCCCAGUGGUCAUUCCCCAUCGUGGUGGCCAGCACUGCCUGUGUUAUAGUUGUGCCCCUAAUUUGUUUUUUAUUAUAUAAAGUGUGUAAACUGCAAUGUACAUCAGACCCUUUCUGGGAAGAUGAUUUGGCGAAAGAGACAUAUAUCCAGUUUGAGACUCUGUCGCCCAGGUCACAAAGUAUAGGAGAGCUGUGGACGCGGAGGCACAGAGAUGACACAGAGAAGUUGCUGCUGUACUCCCGGGCAAGUGUGGACUCUCAGCUGAACUCUAAUUGUGACGGUUGUAGACCAGAGUACCAUUGCUGAGGUUUUGCAGGUGCGCUGAAUGUGAGCCAGGAACCGAGGGAUCUAAUACUGUCCCAGACCCUCUGUUGGAUGACUUUUUGGACAGACUUUUGUAUCAUCUGUGAGAAUCACAAACAAUUUUUUAUGCAAUUUUUAAUUUAGUUGAGAAACAUCUCAGCUAUAACAACAAAUGACCUUUAUUUUUUAUAUAUGACGAAUGACGUCCAAGUAAAUAAUUUCUUAGUAGUAUUUAAUAAGCUUAUAGUAAUUUUAGGGCAACUUAGUUCCUAAAAUAAGUUUAUAAAAAAUACUUACAAUAGCUAACCUCUCCAUUUGAAAGAACACGGGUUAGCAGUCAAGAGAUGUUAGCAUUUCCACCGAAGCCUGGCAACCCUGAAUGUUCAAAGUGCCCUGGAGAGUUUGCUGUGGGUGUUUGCCGCUGCUGCCUGGUGUGCGAGCAUGAGACCCUAAUGAAUCUUGUGUCCACAGAUAGAUUUUUCCCUAAUCCUUUAAGUCAGAUAUCAGUCAAAUUAAGUACAACAUGAGGAUAAUAACAAACACAACAUUUUUUGUAGAACUAGUGACUGUGUUUUAAUACAGUACCUAGCGGUUGUAUUUUUAACACAGUUGAUAGACUGUCUGUUUGGGCCUCGUGAUGUGUUAAUUUAAGAACAAUCUUCUUAAUUUCUUUCCACUCCCCCCCAUCUCAUUGUCUUCCUUCAGUUUCCUUUCUUCAUCCUUUAAAGCUUCCCUUUUAAGGGACAGAAGAUGCCCAGCCGCCAAUGAACUGCAAGCUCAGCUGUCUUCUGCCUCCCAUAUUUUCAUUCUCUGGAUAGAAGGAAGGCCUCUGAGAUU